UUGGCUCCACCACAGCCAAAUGUUGCUCUUAAUGAAGAGAGGACUGAAGGGAACGCUGAUGGGACUGCGUCAGAGUCAGUGCCUCAACCUGAAUCGAGCAUUCCUGGGACAGCACCGGAGGAAGUGUCUUCGAAACGUCGUAGAGGGCGGAAACCCAAAUUAGCUCCACCACAGCCAAAUGAUGCUCUUAAUGAAGAGAGGACUGAAGGGAACGCUGAUGGGACUGCGUCAGAGUCAGUGCCUCAACCUGAAUCGAGAUUAGCUCCACCACAGCCAAAUGAUGCUCGUAAUGAAGAGAGGACUGAAGGGAACGCUGAUGGGACUGCGUCAGAGUCAGUGCCUCAACCUGAAUCUAGUUCGGUAUCGAAACGCAAGGAAAGAAGUUAUCCACGCCGACCGGACAGCGGUGGUACGCUUGGUCAAGCAGUGGCCGUCCAGGUGAAUUGUUGGGAUUUUGAAAUAUCGGGUGUGCCAGUCCAUACGUAUGAUAUAGAGCCGGUCAAAGUUAUCGGUGAUAAAUCCGGCACACUGAAAUUGACCGACACGAAGUUGAGGAGCUUUUUAAAGGAAGUUAUUAAUGGAAAUCGGACGGAUGUUUUUUACGAUGGAGGACGCCUUUUGUACUCGCUAUCACCGUUGAGGGGUGUAAACAGUUCUACCGUGACAUUCCGAGAAUGCGUACCCGACCCUUUCGAGCGUGAAGGCCUGACGUUGGAGUACAACAUAACAAAGAAGUAUUCAUUGUCUGCUUCGCAAAUAUAUGAGUACGUAAAUAAUGAAACCGCGAAUACGAACGACAUCCCACAAGACGCCGUCAAAAUGGUGAAUUGUCUUUUAAAGUGGGUAACCCGCGAGAUAUUCGUCAACAUCGGCAAAUCAGCUCUGUUCUAUCCAAAACCAUUGAAUUCGUCUCCAUCUGAUUUGUAUGUCAUACACUCUGGUUUCACAUGCAGUGUUCGGCCACAGUGGAAAGUGCGAUUGAACGUCGAUACCGUUUGCAAGGCAUUUUUUCCUGCUGGAAACUUGGCUGACAUUCUGUUUGCUAAAUAUGAAAUGUCAAUGUAUCUCCGGAAGAAUUGGCAAGAAAUGGCCAAUGACAUUAAUGGGUUACGUGUUGAGGCAAGCCACUACAAGACCAAGGAAGGUAAAAGCUACAAGAGGCAGUACACAGUGUUUGGGCUUUCGAAAUGUACCUCUGCGGACGAAAAAAUCCCAGAUCUGAAUAUGUCUGUAGAGACAUAUUUUAAGGCUACGUACGAUUUGGAUCUUAAGUAUCCGGAUCUCCCCUGUGUCAAGGUAAGGAAGGAUAAGGAGGUGUAUAUUCCUAUGGAAUUAUUAACAGUUUUGCCAUAUCAAAAUACCACCGCGACGAAGGCAGAGGUUGUUAGCGCCAUCAUCAAGGAAGCCUCUGUGGAUCCGAGCAAACGAUUCAACACCCUGGACACUUUCUUGACAGAGUUUACUCAGAACCGGCACAGACUGUUGUCGAGGUUCAAAGUGAACAUACCUCAGCGACGUCCACUAACCGUGAGAGCACGAGAACUGCCACAGCCGACGGGGAAAUUUUGGGCUGCGCCAAAAUCUCUAGGGCGAGGCAAGUGGUGGCCAGAAAAAUUCAACACUGCCGCGCCUGAGUCUGUGACAUGGGCUGUCUUCGCUACUCCUCCUUAUACUGGAGUGAAACUGCUGAUUUUCCUGUUACAUGAAGGCGAAGGAUACGCGGAAAUCAAGCGUCUAGGUGACCUUUAUACGGGCCUUGUGACUCAGUGCAUCAAGUCACAGACUAUGCGACAGAAGAACUUCUUCAGCGUUUUACGUAACGUGAUGCUGAAAAUCAAUGGGAAAUUGGGCGGGACGAAUUGGCUGGUGACUGAAUUAAAAGAAAAUAAGUUAUUUAAGAAUUUGGCUCGAAAGAAAUUGGUGAUGGUGAUGGGCGCGGAUGUAACUCACCUGCCACAAUCAGGCCACAACGGGACGGCUAGGAAAUCGGUUGCCGCCGUCACUGCUUCAAUCACAGGCGACCUUAUGCAGUAUGUCGCCAUCGUACGACAACAAAAUAGGAAUGAAAAUGUGAAUAAGGAAGUUCGCGAGGUGAUCGAGGGAAUGGACGGUAUCGUCGCAGAUCUAUUAAAGGUCUUUCGUAAACGCAACAAUGAACUCCCGUCUAAAAUAAUCUUCUACCGAGACGGCGUUUCGGAGGGUCAAUUUGCAACGGUGUUGCAUGACGAACUUGCUGCAAUUCAACGUGCAUGUUCCACCGCGUACUCCGGCUACGAGCCCGGCAUUACCUUCAUUGUGGUGCAGAAACACCACCACAUCCGAUUUAAGCCGAUUGAUUCAAGUACACUGUUUUUCUCUUGCAGUGAAAAUGUGCAAGCAGGCACCGUGGUCGAUACAGAAAUCACACAUCGAUAUGGAUUCGACUUCUACCUCUGUUCGCAAGAGGGCAUGCAAGGUACUUCAAGACCAGCUCACUACCAAGUUCUGUAUGACGAUAAUGACUGGAGCUCCGAUUCACUGCAGUGUUUCACAUAUUUCCUGUGUCACACGUACAUGCGAUGCUGUCGGAGUGUCUCUUACCCGGCACCGACCUACUACGCCCACUUGGCUGCGUUCCGUGCUCGUGAAUGGCUGAAGGAGGCGCAGUCCGUGGACAGCCUACUGGCGAAUAAUCGUUUCAAGGUGAACCCUAAUCUUCAGGAUCGCAUGUUCUUUUUGUGA